AUGGUAGAUUUUGUUUGCUCUGAGCCCUAUUGCGAAGACCUACCAGAAUUUGUGUGCAUUUGCUCAGGUCUUAAAACAUUUUGAUGUGGAGUUCAUCUUCCAGCUCAUCUAGUUACCUCAAAGAAGCAGCAUAAUGUUGAAUUGAUUUCUAAAUCACCUUCUAUGGCAAAUCAAAGUCUCCCAGUUUCUUCAAAACCUCAGCAUAAAUCUGAAUUAAUUACUAACUCGCUUUCUAUAGCAAAUCAAAGUCUUCCAGUUUCUUAA